GCAAGGAGCGAGGAGCGAGGAGUCAGACACACCGGCGCAGCAUCGGAACUCACUGUCCCCAUUUUUAGGCGUUGAGACGGGCAGUGUAACCAAGGCAGUCCUUUUGGUCACUUUUUGGGUCAGGACAUUUAAGAAGAGAAAUGGACUUCAUCCUGCCAUCUACUCUUCCAGCUGGUGGUAUUCCAUGGCAGAAGGUUUUACAACCUCUUAUUCCUCGGCUGAGUGGGACUUACGGACAGUAUAAUUGGUCCCCGAACUUACUGAUGCCAGAGACGGAUAAUACCAGCUCUGCAGAGGUGAACUGUGAUGACAGUGGUUUUACAGUUCAAGUCGAUGUAAAGCACUUCAACCCCGAAGACCUCAUGGUCAAAGUGAUAGGAGACUUCGUUGAAGUGCAAGGAAAGCAUGAAGAAAAAAAGAAGGAUGGUCCAGGGGUUUCAACACGACAGUUUAGCCGCCGCUACCGAAUUCCAAAGGGAGUGGACACCAUGGCUUUGGAGUCAGCCGUCUCUCCAGACGGCAUCCUUAUCAUAUCUGCACCGAUGCUGCAAACGGAGGACUCCAGAAUCCUGACCUAAUGCUAUUAAAACCAACCCCUCAAAUCUCUGCCAUCUUCACCACAUAUGAAAAUAAGUGCAACAGAAGCCUUAAAGAAAACCCAGGCACAAAAUAACUUCAACAUGCAACUUGUGCCAAAACACCCAAUUGUUCUGUUCUAAUAUUCCCUGCGCUCUGAGGUUUGUAUAUACUGCUCUUCUAUUACUUAUCAAUCUUACAUGAUGUUUUAAGGAACCAGUCUCUGUAAAUAUUCUGCGUUCGAAAGUUCAAGCUGCUUUUUUGUGUGUGCAACUUUUGUCAAAUGUUUAAUGUAAUUGUGAAUUAAUGAUGCACCCAAACAUAUCGCCAAACUCUUUAAUGUGGAAAUACUACAAAAAUUAAACUUUAUUUCUUUAUAAAAUUAAAAAAGUGACUACAUCAA